CCAACCUCUCCGACUUCACACUCGAUUACGGCUGUUAAGAAAGGCAAAGCAUGACUGCGGACUAUGGGAUGUGUGUGCGUUGGCUGCUUCGGUAAAUAGUGCUCACUUAUCACUCUGUGUGACUAUGAUCAUGGCGGGAUUGUGUCUGAGAAAGUGUGUCUUCUUCUUCCUGGCAUCGGUUCGGUUUAUUCAAAGUAGAGAUGUCACCAUGGUGAUAGGAGAGGUGGGUGGGGCUGUGACCCUCCCCUGUACGUCUGACCUCUCCCCAAUCUACCUGUAUGUACAGAGACCUGACCCAGUGGAGUACAUUAACGGCUACCAUCAGACAAAGGUCUUACCAUCGCCUGACCCAAAGUAUGCAAACCGUACGCAUGUAGACCCCACACAGGGAACAAUGAAGCUGUGGAGUAUACGGCCGUCAGAUGAGGGGCUGUACGAAUGCCACAUCCGAUACCCAACCAAGGACAACCGGGAGAUCAUACAGCUCAAUGUGACAGCCAACUACAGCAUCCCCAAUGUAACAGUGGCUUGUGACAGCAGCAGUUGCUUGGUGACGUGUUCCUCCGACAACGGUUACCCUCGUAGGGACGUUGAGUGGAGCCCGAACCCUCCUCUGAACCAGAGCCACUGGAGAGCAGUGAACAGCAGUGAUAGGAGAGACCCGGUCUCUACGCUGUUCUCAGUCUUCAGUUCCAUAUCCGUCAGCUGCUCCUCCGGACCCUGGCUGAACCUCAGCUGUGCUGUAGGGGGCGCCCUCUCACAGGAACACACCGUCUGCAUGCCACAGGCAGGCUCUCCUGAUAUCCUUGUUGUCUGUGUGAUCUCUGCUGUCUCUGCUGUUCUGCUGUGUUUCCUGGUUCUGGUAUUUAUCAGCAAGAAAAGGAAGGCUAAGCCAGCCAGAGGUAAUCAAGGAGGGGAGGUUGCAGCAAAUUCAGAAAAUGUACAGCUGACCUGAAGGAACCCAGACACUUGAACAUUCGGAAGACAGAAUGUGGAAGGUUCUAUUAUUUGACUCAUUGGAUACUGCCUUCUAAUGGGAUAUGGUAAAGAGAUUACUGAGGUGACCUAAACAUUGCCUGAACUUGGUGCUGUUGGAAACUAUGUUAACUUUCCUCUACAUGCUGGAUGGUAAGCUGGACU